AUGAGGGCCUCAUCCUCUACCGCCGGGGCUCCUCUGACUGGCGACUUUGCGGCUGCACAGGACAUGUUUCUGCACCAUAUCUUCGACGAUGUUAAGGAGGCGGCAUUGUACUCGACCACUCGCCGCCCAGAAGCGUUUCUGCGCCCUGAGCAAGCGGCGACCGACGCCGCUCCUGCGGGCGGGUUUCAGUGGCAGCUUAUGCCGCUAUCAGCGGCGCUGAAGGACAUGGAGGCUGUCCUGCAGGACAUGCUCCUGCGGGAGCAGGGGGGUUGUUUCAAAGGUGAGCCGGCCGGGCUCCCCGCCGAUGCGGUGGUUGUGUUUUGGCGCGCCAUGCUGGAGCAGGCAUUCCUCGGGCAAUACUGUGAGCUCGCCGCGCUGAAUGCUGGCGACGUGGCAGCACCCGGUCCGCCGCAACACUGGCUGCACCACAUCUACCCUUACGACUACUCCCGGCAACCGGCAGGACUGCGACGGCGUCUUGAGCGUGGCAUCCGUGCGCUUAUCUGCUCAUCUGCCUACACACUUCACAUGCACUGGGAGCAGCACAUGGCGCGCCAUCCUCCCUCGGAUGACGCGGCAAGGAUCUUGGGGCUCGAGUUUGUUAUGCUUUGGUGGUGGGCUAAUCCGGAUCAGAUGCCAAUUGAGGUAUCCCUCGCUGCGGCUCGACUGCCGCCACCGACGCGGCAGUCGUUGCGACAGCGAGAGCCGCCAGCGGAGGCGGCUUCUCUGGGACACCACGGCGAUGGCAGACAGCAGCCAGCAGCGUCACCGCGGCGAGCAGUGGAUACCUCAAUGGCACUGCUAUCUGUUGAGCAGCAUUUGCAGCGCUACCUCGCUCAACAUUUGGGCUUGGGUAGCGCCAAUGCGCAUACCCAUCCUCAGCAUGAGCAGCAACUGCAGCAGCAGCGGCGUCGUCAUGCUGUACUCCGCGACGGUGGUCUUCUCUGUCCAGCAGCGGUGUUCCCUCCAGCAUACCAAGACGCGCUGCGCGCACACUUGGCCCGUGUGCGCCAAAGGAAAAACCUGACCACAUGUCCAUUGUUCCUGCGCUUGGUGGAGGUGGCUCUGACAGUGGCCACGUCCGAUGCGGCGGCCGUAAGUGGGGGCAACGUGCCAAACUCGUCCACACACCCCGCCCAAUGCAAGCCUCUCAGCGCGGCUGCCCGCCGCGGGCGAGAAAUCGCCAUUCAGCUUUGCCAAAAGUGGCUGUGGCCAGUGGUAUGCGGCCGCGCUUCUCCGCUCACGAUGUCAUCGAUCGGGCAGGCGCCCCAGCGUUGUAGCACCGCCGUCGUGCACGCGCCGCCACACGCCGCGUCGAUGGAGACAUUUGAGGACUGGGCUGUGCUGAUAGCAGCCGUGGCGGCGGUGUCGCAGAUGCGCGGUAGCCUGCUCGCGUUGCGGCGUGCGGGCGGAGCGAGUGCGCGAGGAAGGCGUGAAGGAGCGCAUUGCGCGACCAUCUCCGGAGCCGGCGGUAGCAGCACUGAAGAUGCGGCUGCCGCGACGUUGGACAAAGGCACGAGCCUCGCUCACGUUCGUGACCACCUCUAUAUGCCUCUGAUGCGAGCCUUGCUGGCCGACCCGGAGGAUGUGCCGGCCAGUGACGGCGAGCGUCCUGUCGAUGUCUACGGUGUGACAGUGCCAGACGACAUGCCUGGUUGGGUGGCCCUUGUAUUCGCGCGCGUGUCCGCCUGCUUCGAGGAGGCCGGGAUGCUGCAACGCGACGUAGCCCGCCAGCCUGCGACCCCUGCGCGGCUCUGGUGCCUUCUCUUCCACGCCAUGUGUGAAGCAUUCCCCGGUGUCUUUCAUUCGCGCAACACCGUGACGGUCAUGUGGACGCUGCUGGCGCUUGAGGGGGUUUGUGCGGCGCCGUCGCUCUACUACAGCACCUAUCGCGCGACGAAUGCCGGCAAAACACAAACGAUGUCCGCGUGGUUGAGCACGCUGGCAGCUUGGAACGGCUCCAGCGUACUUGCCACCGAGCUUGCCCAGCUGGAGACACUGCCGAGCUGCGCCGAUGAAACUGAAGCUGUGGCUGCAUGCGCGCUGUGCCCGCGGACAGAGAGGUGCCAACGGACCGCGUUUGUUCUCUCGACUGCCGUGGUCGAAACUUCAGCUAACGACGGUGGUCUGAGAGACUCGCGAGUCGGAGCGUCUCCGGCACACUCACGACAAGGGAGGAGGCACGGUAGAGUGACGUCUCUUCCCUCGUUUGCUAGCGCCUUGUCUCCUGCAUUACCACUGCAGUGGAGCUCCGCAGCUGCACUUGCCCAAGCGCGGGCCCAUCUCACCUCCUGCGCAGAGCUGUCUGAUGAGGUGGUGAAAGUUUCCAUCGAGGUCUUCCGGCGAUACGCAACGCUGCCGGUGCCGUUACCUGCCGUGGGGACGCUGCCCUCCAUCGAGGCUGCUGCAUCGGUGUCCCACGUCGGAGAGGAGCGACACCGCUAUGACGGCGACAGACUACCUUCAGAGGCGGCGUUGUUGCGGCCUCGGGGACACCCAUCGUUGAUGGUGCUUCUCCGCCUUCUUCAGGUGGUGGCACUGUUCGGUGAAGCCGGAAGCCCCGCAUCUGUCGGCGAUCCUGGUCUCGUCCAAUGCGUGGUGGAUGAUGUGAUGCGUGCAUGUCAUCCUGUGGUUGCCGCGUACCUGCGCAAGCUGCGCGUCUACGCAGCGGCGGCGUCAGGGAGAAGCGGUGCCUUGGCGCUGCUACACAACGAAACACUGCAGAGUGCACUAGAUAGCCUUCCACCCUCACUAGGGCGGCAGCGUCUUAUGAAGGCACUGCUGUGGUCUGGACUACCAGCCUCCGCGUUGGAAGAAGGAAAGGCGACCGAGGCAGCGUUGUUCGGCAGCGGCUCUCUUGCAUGGUAUGUACUGGAGAGAAAUCAGCAGCAUUUCCUCGCCUUCAACCUGCACAACACGUCGGCCGCCGCUUCCAUGGACACAGCGGACGACAGACACCCCAAGCAGCAGCCAUUCUCCACCUACCAGGGAAGCGAAAGAGGCAGCGGCGCAGGCGAUGGCACGAACAGUUUCGCAGAAGUGGUGUCUUGCUUGGAUGAGGUUGUGAGGCACCUUUGGCAGUUGGCGAUCUCUAUCCCAGACACGGCCCGUGCUGCCCUCUUCCUUCACCCGUACAUGAACAAUGACUCGGUGAGGCGCAAUGGCCCAGAUACAGCCGUGAACUCCCCGGAAACGGUCGUCAAGUGUUCUGAUGACGGCGCGUCGGUGCCAACUAGCUGCGACAAGGAUGGGGUGGCCGGCAAUGAAUACGAGUCCGCCCGGGUGAGCAGCGACGAAGACACAUCGCCCACCUUGCCCACCGCUGCUGCUGGCGAAGACGUACCCAAUGCGUUGGAGUGUGAAAGCGGCGCCCUACUGGAAAGCACAGCAGACGAGUGCCUCGACGCCGAAGUCGAGGAUGUCGACGCUACUGCGGACUGGGGCACAAGCACUUUGCCCGAGGAGGAUGAAUUCGACGACGACGUGGCGGCCGUCGUGCCUGCAGCAGAGGACGCGCAGACACCACUGAUCGCCGCCUCGCUGUGGGACUCGCGCGCGGCGAUCAGGUUUUCUGUGACCCGCGAUGCAAUGCAGCGUGAAGACGACAUCACAUCCAUGCACAGCCAUGACGAGCCCGGUGUAAAACAUGGAGACUCGACGGAGAGCGCAGACAGCUGCAACACACCGACGCACCAUGACGACUACCGCGCGCUAGCACACGCGCUGCUACUCGCCACACCCGCGGCGCAGCACAUCUUCUCUUCGCUGCUCGAGGUGCUCUCUUGGACAGUCACGCCGCAGACAUCUUCGACAGACAGUGAGACAAGCUGGGCUUCCGUCUGCCCUCUAGGUCAUGCGCAACUGCCCGGUGACACUGGUCGCCAUUGGCGCGCACGACUGGCUGCCAAUUACGGCACGUGCGUGUCUGUGUGGCAGGCGCACUGCCAUCUCACCAGCGCGAGUGCAGCGGCCACGUCGGGGGCGGCCGUGUUGUGUCGGCCACAAACCAUGGAGCGUGUCGCCCUUCUUCUUUUGCAGUCGUGCCCUGACGUCUAUGCACUGGGGUUGCUACUGCUUGCGAUGGCGGGUGACACAGCGGAUACUCACGACGUGUCGCGCAGUGCAGCGGAAGCGUUUGCACGUCGACUUCGACGCACUGGCUCGCUGCUCCCAUGGUCUGUCGAGUCGUCUCUGGCGCAGCUUCUUUUUCACGCCGGUGUGACGGCUGAGAGUGUGCGACGGUGGCGCGCGGCCCGUGGGUUGACAGACGGCUCGGCGUUGCGCUGCGGUACGGUAGAUCCUGCCUCCGCAGCGCUUCUGCAUGUUGCGGACCAUCGCAGGCUGUUGCAGCGCGUGCAAAAAAACCCUUACAGGGUGGACUGUGGCGGCGGUAACAGUAAUGCCAAUUACGAGGUAAAGCGUGAUCUACUGCUCAGCAUGGGCAGCCUACUCCUCUGCUCUCUGCAGCAGCGGGGUGCAGCGGGAUCGCAGUGCCAUGCAUUGUAUCGGUACAAUGCUUAUGUGAACGAGUUUCUUCUUCACCACCUGCCCGCCGCAGAUGGCGGACGGUUUUCGCCAUCGUCGUCGUCGCCGGAUAGGCACAUCACCGCCCUCCGCGUCCUUCUUCCGUCUGCGCAGCUAAGCAGUCCGUCCCCAAGCACCAUGCCGCCACAGCAGGUCGUCUCCCUGAGAAUCGCGUGGCAGCGCCGGAUCGGGCGUUCGGACAGGGCAGCACUGCGAAGCUGCUUCCAAAAAAGAGAUACCUGUGCCACCACGGUAGAGCCCGACGACACCUACUGCAACAACUACGCUACCCUACAGAAAAAACAGCCCUUGGGCGAAGACGAUGACUACGCCGCAGCAUUCGCCUGA